UUUUUUUUUUUCUUUCUUUUUUUAAUAUAACAAUAUUUUUCAAGUAAAAUGAGUUAUAGCCCAAUGGACCUUGAUUCAUCUCUGGAUGAUCUCAUUAAAAAGAGAAAACAAAAUGGCAAGAAGGACAACCCUAAGCAACAAAAAAAUAAAAAACAAGAUCCUCGACCUCCUAUUCAAACAAACAAAGCAAAAAUAACUAAACCAAAACAACGUCAAACUACUAGUAGUAGCAUCAACUCACGUUUAUCCACCUCUAAAACUAUGAGUACUCCAAGAGGUCCCCUUUUUACAGCAAAAAAUAGACUUCAUCAAACGCCAACAAAACCUGUAAAAGCGGAUCCAUCUCAAAUUAUCAUUACAAAGACACUUCCCAAAUCAACAAGCAUUAUUCGAAAUAGACUUGGUCCUUCUUCAAAGGAAGAGCAGCCACGAAUUAAAAGCGUUAUUACUACAAACAGCAGUCGUUUGGGAACAACAAUAUCAAGAGUUCGAGAGCCACUAUCGCCACCGAGAGAAAAUCGUGGUAUGCGUAUAGAUGCUAUGGCUUAUGAACCAAGACCUUCAGAGAGAAUGGGUGAAUUUACAAUUCGCGGUCGAUCAAACACAGCUGUAGCUAGACCUGGUUUGUCAAUCAAAGGUGAAUCAGGCCCAGCUACCGUUUUAAUCACUGGCUUAGAUCCUGGUGCUAAUUCAGAAGAUGUUAGAAUUUCCUUUGAACAAUUUGGUAAUAUUUUGCAUUGUGAAGUUUUAAGAGAUCGUGCAGGUCGUUCUUUUGGAGAAGCAGAAGUGGAAUUUAGUACAAAAAGUGCAGCAUUAGAUUGUAUUGCCAUGAUGGAUAACCAAUUGGCAGAUGGUAAAUUUUUACGUAUUAUUUUACGAGAACCAAAACCUCCACAAAGCUUUGCUGCAAAGCAAAUUCAAUCUAUUAUUCAACCAAGUUAUAGUUCAUCUGGUAAAAUGUAUUCAGAUCAAAUGUCAUCAAGAUAUGAUCGUUAUUACUAGUCUUAUAUUUUUAAUGAAUAAAUGAAUGAAUAAAUAAAUAAAUAGCAUUAUUAAA